CGUGUUGAUCUUUUUGACACACGCACCGGAGCGUCAGCUUCAAGCGGACCAUCACUACCUCACGCAUCUAAAGCUGAUCAGCAGGAGGAGAAGAGUCUGACGGAGCAGCAGAGGAACAUUUUCAGCUACUUGGACUCAGCUCAGCCACUACAGAGAAAACAAUGAGCUCAACACAGAAGGACCAACAUGGAGCAAGAAGUCAGCGCUCUCAGGAGGCCGACAAACCUCACAGAAGAAAGGGAGAGAAAACACACACCUGUGACGAGUGUGGGAAGGGUUUUACUGGUAAGGGUUUACUAAAACAGCAUCAGGUCAUCCACACUGGAGAGAGACCGUUCAGCUGUGACUUGUGUGGAAAGUCUUUUUCCUGGAAGGGUCACCUAAAACAACACCAACUCGUCCACAGUGGAGUUAAAGCGUACACCUGUGACGAGUGUGGGAAGGGUUUUACUGUGAAGGCGUCACUAAAACAGCAUCAGGUCAUCCACACUGGAGAGAGGCCGUUCAGAUGUGACUUGUGUGGAAAGUCUUUUUCCUGGAAGCAUUCCCUAAAAGAACACCAACUCAUCCACAGUAGAGUUAAAGCGUACACCUGUGAGGAGUGUGGGAAGGGUUUUAAUUUGAAGGCUAACCUAAAAAAGCAUCAGAUCAUCCACACUGGAGAGAGGCCGUUCAGCUGUGACUUGUGUGGAAAGUCUUUUUUCUGGAAGGGUUCCCUAAAACGACACCAACUUAUCCACAGUGGAGUUAAAGUGUACACCUGCGACGAGUGUGGGAAGGGUUUUACUGUGAAGGCUUCACUAAAACAGCAUCAGGUCAUCCACACUGGAGAGAGGCCGUUCAGCUGUGACUUGUGUGGAAAGUCUUUUUUCUGGAAGGGUUCCCUAAAACAACACCAACUCAUCCACAAUGGAGUUAAAGUGUACACCUGCGACGAGUGUGGGAAGGGUUUUACUUUGAAGGCUAACCUAAAACAGCAUCAGGUCAUCCACACUGGAGAGAGACCGUUCAGAUGUGACUUGUGUGGAAAGUCUUUUUCCUUCAAGGGUUACCUAAAAACACACCAACUCAUCCACAGUGGAGUUAAAGCGUACAGCUGUGAUCAGUGUGGCAGAGCUUUUACUCACAGUAGCCACUUAGAGAGGCAUCUAGUUACCCACUCUGGAAUUAAGGCAUACAGCUGUGACAUCUGUGGAAAAACUUUCAGCCAGAGAGGAAGCCGAAAUGUACACCUACGCAUUCACACCAGACAUGAUGUGUACUGCUGUGAACAGUGUGGCAAAUACUUUGCUACACACGCACAGUUACAACUACACAUGUUUAACCACACUGAGGGACGACCUUAUAAAUGUGACCUGUGUGAGAAGACUUUUAAAUCUCCACAUUACCUGAGACGACACCAACAGAUCCACACCAGAAAGAGACUCUACAAGUGCAGUUACUGUGAGAAGCAGAGCGACACAGAAGGAUCCAGUUCUCAACCCUGUCAUCACCGUGGUGGUGGGAAAGAGUUUCAUUGUGACCUCUGUGGAAAAACUGUCAGUUGCCAAGCCACCCUAAAAACACAUCAACGUAGACACAGUGGAGAGAAACUGAAAUACUGCAAAGAAUGUGGGAGAAGCUUCACCAGAUCAUAUCACUUAAAGAAACAUGAACUGAUUCACAGUGGGGUCAAAAAGCACCUCUGUGAUCAGUGUGGGUCAUCCUUCACCACUGCAGGUGACCUUAAAACCCACAAACGAGUCCACACAGGAGAGAAACCAUACAAGUGCAGACACUGUGACAAAAGCUUCUCACAAUCAGGUCAUCGUAUCAAGCAUGAACGUACACACAUGGAAGGAAACUACAGCUGUGACCAGUGUGACAAGAGCUUCAGGAUUCUCAGUUCAUACUCUGAACACAAACGAUCCCACGUUACUAAUAAACUGUUUCACUGUUACCAAUGUGCCAAAACAUUCACUUCAUUGUCUGCUCUGUGCAAACAUCAGAGUGAUCACUCAGGGCUGAAACCACUCACAUCACUGGAUCACAGUGAAUCUGAAGAGACAGAAAGAUCCUCUGGUUUCAGAGUCAGACUCAAAAAGCUUGAGAUCAGGCUCCACAGAGUUCAGAUAGAAUCAUUUAAACUUGUGUUGAACUGAACUGGUUGCUGGGCUGAACUUCUACAUAAUACAGAUGCACAUGGGAUCUUAUUUUCUGUUGUUUUACUGAGUCAGUUUUGUCCUUUUUUCUCUCUCCUGGUUUUGCUCGUCUGUAAAUAAGGGCUCGGGAUCUAAUGGUAAAUAAUGUUUUGUGUCCUUGUACACAUCAUACAGCUCAGCUGUUCCACAGACGUCAGGUUUACACAGUGGGAUGGUUUGUAAGAACGCAGCUCUCCUGUGGAUAAAUCCUUACUCUUAGCCUCAGGACCUCACACAGUCCCAGCAGGUUUGGUCAGAAGAUUUAU